AACACCGCGUAACGUCACGCUCCAUUCUCUUUUCUAGCCAUGUUGUCCAUGAAUUUCCUUAGGCAAGCGGCCCGCUCUGCACGGACCUUCUCUACGACGUCUAUUGCUCGUAAAGACCUUGUCCAGGACCUCUAUGUCAAGGAGCUAAAAGCUUACAAGCCCCCUGUUGCAGCAAAAGACGCACACGUUGGUGUUGUCAAGAAUUUCUCACUACCCGCCGUUCCAAAACCCCCCACUCUUCCCGUCGACCUCGCUGCCGAACUCACCGCAUAUGACGCGACUGAGCCCACAAAAGCUGAGGCAGAGGUCACGAGUUCGACUGUGCAUGCAGGAGAGGAUGUGGGUAAGGGUGCGGAUGCAUUCCUUGGAUUUUUGGAGGCAGACGUGAAGCAGGCAGAAGUUCAUCAUUGAGUCAAGGAUAGCUCGAUAACUGUCAGUCUAGGAAUGCAUGACAACUAGAUUUAUCCUGCCAGAGGUGUGCGUUAGACCAAUCCCGAACAGAUCUACUAUUGUGCAUACUCUCAAUUCGCAGAAUCUUGCUCUGGUUAAAAAUUUACAAGUAAAGUGAGACCCCAUGUCGGUAAUCUCUUUCUCUAGUGCGCCUCCGGGAGUCUCCGAGCAGAAGUUGUUGCGAAGCGUUGUUAUUGUACAUAUGAGGUGCUUUCGACGAAAAUUAU